AUGGCGCAUAUGCGGGACGCUUCGCUCAACCCGUCCUCUCCCCACUCGUCGAGUGCCGGUGCCGACUCAUACAAACACGAAAACACACCUGACACUAGACUCACCGUAUUCUCUCCCGAUGACAAUUUAGCCCGGCCCAAUAAGCCGUUAACCGCCGCUAGCCUCGAUGGCUCCUCCAGCCACGUUGUUCAGUACCAUGCCAACACUCCCAAGGGCUUCAGCAGCACCACGGCUGCUGCUGAAAAGGACCCCUUCAUUUCGAACACGGCAGCCAAGGCUCAGCACAAGCUGUCGCCGACCGCAUUGGUGUUCCGGCCUGUCUCGGCUCCUCUGGUGGCCCAUGGAUCCCUGAACAUGCGGAGCGGCACGGGUCCUGCCAUGGGUGCCAAUCGCCAGCUCCUAGCCCCUCAGCCUACAGCCAAGUUCAGUUCCGAGAUGGGCAUCUCUCGCUAUCUGGUCAUAUACUCGCCUUCCCAUCCCGUCUCCGUGACUGAUGUCGAAGGCUAUCUUGCGCAGCUGGAGCGAUUCGGGUUGCCGUUCCAAGGCAAACGCCACGCAGUUGCAGCCGAAGGCAGGGUAUUCCUUUAUCUUCCCAACGUGCGUGAUGCCCGCAACACCCUUGAAAAUGUUCAGCUUGGGUCCCCCAAUUGGUGCGCCAAGUAUAUUGUUGCGGCUGAGUUCUAUAAGGUUUGUAACUCAUCAGCCCAGGUCAGUCCGAUUUGCGACGGCAAGGUACAGAUUACCGCAUAUGACCAAGGCGUCAACUUCGGCGCUGUUUAUGUUGAGACGGUUGUCCAUACCUUUCUUGACACUCAAGGCGAAGUAUUUGCGCUCCUGAGUCAGAGUGCGGCCAACAACCACACUUUCCGGGGUGUGGUCGAGUUUUCGGACGCCGACGUCGCCAUCUCCGUCGUCGACAAGUUCAACCGAACCACGCUGGGUGCAGCACAGAUGUUUCGACCACUUGAGAAUAACAGCCGCCCGUUUGGUGCUUCGAGAGGGGAGAUGAUUCUCUCGGAGGGGGCCCAGCAGCCUACUGGGCUUUUUACCUCAGGCCGUCUCAGUCAUUCGACUGCUGGAAUUCACAAGUCUCAGCAGUUUGCCAUGUAUCCAGUCGUCUGCAACAGCUUUCAGUCUCCCGGACCGAAUCGGUUUAUGCUCGAUCAAACUCCGACACGCGGCCAGGGUGUUUCUCACCUUGCGCCUAUGACGCCCAUCUCCGGAGGUAUGCCUAUGAUGGCACCUCUGUUCAAUACGACUCCCCCCGAUACACCCAUGGCAAUUCGUAGCGAGUUCACCAGCCCCAGGAGCAUCCAACCUUAUGCGCGCCUGGACGGCCGCCGUCAUGGCGCCAUGCGGGCCAACAGGUCACACAAUUUCAACAACGCCGGCCAUCACAACCACGUUGAUGUCAAUCGAAUUCGGGACGGCGUCGACGUCCGAACCACUAUCAUGCUUCGGAACAUCCCCAACAAGGUCGACCAAGUAAUGUUGAAGCGCAUCAUCGACGAGUCGAGCUGGGGCAAGUACGACUUCAUGUAUCUGCGUAUCGAUUUUGCCAACGACUGCAAUUCGUCAAUGCGCGGGGUAAUCAGCGCUGGAACUGCUUCAAGAGUGACAAGGUCGCCGAGAUCUCCUAUGCUAAGGCUCCUCAUUACCGGCCCAAGACCUGAGUUGGCUGGUCAGGAGGAACCCUUCCCGGAGCCGGACAACCUCUCCAAAAUGAGGCGCAGUUGCGAGAAUGCUGAGCAUAUCGGCCUCUUCACUCCAAACGCCGGCCAGCAUUUCCGCGAAGAGCAGCGUCGCCGUCGUUCCCAGUACGACCGCGGCACUAGGCUUGCAGCCCUCGAGGAGUAUGACUAUGCUGUUCGCGCCCAGCAACAUGGUCUCUUCAACCAGAAGUAA